AUGACGCCUUCCUCAUCAUUAGACCAGGACGGUGAUCCCUCAGACACGACUGAUAACUCAGUGGCUACGAAACCGAAUGGACCCAUGACUCCUUACAAGCCCAGUCCGGCAGAGACUCUCGCCGUCCAUAUACAUGCGUUCGUGUCUUCGGCAUCCUCCCUAAGCACGGCCCUAUCUUCGCCGUUGGGUGAUGACGAUAAACAUGGCUUAGACGAUGAGAACGGGAACAGCCCCAACAAGGACGGAAAUUCAGCUGGCAGUAAUCCCUUCGAGGACGCCGGACUGCCUGAACGCGAGGAAGACGAUGAAUUAAAGCUCUUACGGCUUAGAACAAAAAUCCAUGAGAUAAUCAUAAUACCGGAUCGCAAAUUUCUGCUUUGUGUCGUCCAUGAUGUCUCGGCUGCGGCGAGUGGAGCUGGAGGAAGAGCUUCGGCACAUUCAAGGCAGUGA